GGGCACUCUGCGGGGCUCUCCAGCCGGCGGGUGGAGACCGAUCCGGGAUCUGUCCCAGCAGGAAGCGUAUCCCGGCCGCCGACGUCUCCCGUGCUCGCUCUCGGCCGCGGCGUCGCGCUCGCCCUUCGCGCCCGCAGCCCGGCAGCCUCUCCACGGCCGCGACCCCUCGCGCACCUGCCUCGCCCGGAUAUAGUGGAUAACCUCCUUCAAAAUGGAAGAUGGAAAGCCCGUUUGGGCACCCCACCCCACAGAUGGAUUUCAGAUGGGCAAUAUUGUGGAUAUUGGCCCUGACAGCUUAACAAUCGAACCUUUGAACCAAAAAGGCAAGACAUUUUUGGCUCUCAUAAACCAAGUAUUCCCUGCAGAAGAGGACAGCAAAAAAGACGUGGAAGAUAACUGUUCACUGAUGUACUUAAAUGAAGCCACACUCCUCCAUAAUGUCAAAGUUCGGUACAGUAAAGACAGAAUCUAUACAUAUGUGGCCAACAUUCUGAUUGCAGUAAAUCCAUACUUUGAUAUACCUAAAAUAUAUUCUUCAGAUACAAUAAAGUCAUAUCAAGGAAAAUCUCUUGGGACGAUGCCACCUCAUGUCUUUGCUAUUGCUGAUAAGGCUUUUCGAGAUAUGAAGGUGCUCAAGAUGAGCCAGUCUAUCAUUGUAUCUGGAGAAUCAGGAGCUGGCAAAACAGAAAAUACCAAGUUUGUUCUAAGAUACCUGACAGAAUCUUAUGGAACAGGCCAAGAUAUUGAUGAUAGAAUUGUUGAAGCUAAUCCACUUUUAGAAGCAUUUGGAAAUGCAAAGACUGUUCGUAACAAUAAUAGCAGUCGAUUUGGAAAAUUUGUAGAAAUUCAUUUCAAUGAAAAGAGUUCGGUUGUCGGAGGAUUUGUCUCCCAUUACCUUCUAGAGAAGUCUAGGAUCUGUGUUCAAGGCAAAGAGGAGCGGAAUUACCAUAUUUUUUACAGGCUGUGUGCUGGGGCUUCAGAAGACAUCAGGGAGAAGCUUCACUUGAGUUCCCCAGAUAAUUUUCGGUAUUUAAACCGGGGCUGCACUAGAUACUUUGCUAACAAAGAAACGGACAAACAGAUUUCACAGAACCGAAAAAGUCCUGAGUAUGUUAAGGCAGGUUCCUUGAAGGAUCCUCUAUUAGAUGACCAUGGAGAUUUUAUCAGGAUGUGCACAGCCAUGAAAAAAAUUGGUUUGGAUGACGAAGAAAAACUUGAUCUGUUCCGAGUUGUAGCUGGUGUCCUGCACCUUGGAAAUAUUGAUUUUGAAGAAGCUGGAAGCACUUCAGGUGGCUGCAAUCUGAAGAACAAAUCUGCCCCAUCACUGGAAUACUGUGCUGAAUUACUGGGUUUGGACCAAGAUGAUCUUCGAGUCAGUUUAACCACUAGAGUCAUGCUCACCACAGCAGGGGGCACCAAAGGAACCGUUAUAAAAGUGCCCCUGAAAGUGGAGCAGGCAAACAAUGCUCGCGAUGCUCUGGCAAAGACUGUCUAUAGCCAUCUCUUUGAUCACGUGGUAAACAGGGUGAAUCAGUGCUUUCCUUUCGAAACAUCUUCUUAUUUUAUUGGAGUCCUGGAUAUUGCUGGUUUCGAGUACUUCGAACACAACAGCUUUGAACAAUUUUGUAUCAACUAUUGCAAUGAGAAACUUCAACAGUUUUUUAAUGAAAGGAUCCUGAAGGAGGAACAAGAACUGUAUCAGAAAGAGGGCCUGGGUGUUAAUGAAGUCCAUUACGUGGAUAAUCAGGACUGCAUAGAUUUAAUUGAAGUGAAAUUAGUGGGAAUCCUGGAUAUUCUGGAUGAAGAAAAUCGUCUUCCCCAGCCGAGUGACCAGCACUUUACAUCUGUGGUUCACCAGAAGCACAAAGACCAUUUCCGGCUAACUUAUCCUCAUUUUACAGAUGAAAGACAGGCAAGGGGAGAGCCCUACCGUUGCAGCAUUGACGGCCUGGUUAAGGUGCGCACACUGAAGAAACGACUCGAUAAGUUCAAUGAGGUUGUAAGUGCACUGAAAGAUGGGAAGCCGGAGGUGAACAGACAGAUCAAAGAUCUUGAAAUUUCUAUUGAUGCCCUGAUGGCCAAAAUUAAGUCCACCAUGAUGACAAGGGAGCAGAUACAGAAAGAGUAUGACGCACUUGUUAAAAGCUCAGAAGAGCUUCUCAGUGCACUGCAGAAAAAGAAACAGCAGGAGGAGGAGGCAGAGAGGCUGAGGCGCAUCCAAGAGGAGAUGGAGAAAGAAAGGAAGAGGCGUGAGGAAGAUGAACAACGUUGGCGGAAGGAGGAAGAAGAGAGGCGGAUGAAACUUGAGAUGGAAGCAAAGAGAAAACAGGAGGAGGAGGAAAGGAAGAAGCGGGAAGAUGAUGAAAAGCGUAUCCAGGCUGAGGUGGAGGCGCAGCUGGCAAGACAGCGGGAGGAGGAGUCCCAGCAGCAGGCGGUCCUGGCCCAGGAGUGCAGGGACAGGGAGUUGGCCCUGCGAAUCGCCCAGAAUGAGUCUGAGCUCAUCAGUGAUGAGGCGCAGGGUGACACGGCACUCCGCAGCUUGAGUCCCUGUCCAGCAACCUCUAAAACUAAUGGAACAAGACCCCAAAUGACACCGGAACAAAUGGCCAAAGAAAUGUCAGAAAUUUUGAGUAGAGGCCCUGCUGUACAAGCUACCAAGGCUGCUGCUGGGACCAAGAAACAUGAUCUCAGUAAAUGGAAAUAUGCAGAACUACGCGAUACAAUCAAUACUUCUUGUGACAUUGAGCUCCUGGCAGCAUGCAGAGAAGAGUUUCACAGGAGACUGAAAGUGUAUCAUGCUUGGAAAUCCAAGAACAAGAAGAGAAAUACUGAAACAGAGCAGCGUGCACCCAAGUCUGUUACUGAUUAUGAUUUUGCACCAUUUUUGAACAAUUCACCUCAGCAGAACCCUGCAGCUCAGCUCCCUGCCAGGCAGCAGGAGAUUGAGAUGAACCGACAGCAGCGUUUCUUCCGCAUCCCCUUCAUCCGCCCCGCUGACCAGUACAAAGACCCUCAAAACAAGAAAAAGGGCUGGUGGUAUGCCCAUUUUGACGGACCGUGGAUUGCUCGGCAGAUGGAGCUGCACCCUGACAAGCCACCCAUCCUUCUUGUAGCCGGCAAGGACGACAUGGAGAUGUGUGAAUUGAAUCUUGAGGAGACGGGUCUGACUCGCAAGCGUGGUGCUGAGAUCUUGCCCAGACAGUUUGAAGAGAUCUGGGAGCGUUGUGGAGGCAUCCAGUAUCUUCAGAGCGCCAUUGAGAGCAGGCAGGCCCGGCCUACCUAUGCUACAGCCAUGCUGCAGAACCUGCUCAAGUAGACAUGGGUCCCAGCCUAGCCCUUGACCCUCACAGGCGGGGAGGGGACCAGAAGGUUCCCUUGCUCCUGGUAGAAAUGUGUUAUGCAAAGUGAACAGAUUUUAAUAAUCAUGGAUUUUGUUAAUUUGUUCAAGGUUAAUUAAGGUUGAGGUAGUGGAUUCAGGACCUAAAGAGAGGAAAACCCUGAUUCCAUCAGUGCCCCUCCCCCCUGCACUGUUGUGAUGCUUUCUGCUCCCAGACAGACGCUGAUACUUCUCACUCUGCACACGGACCACCUUAUUGCUGUGUAUUGUCAAGGAGAAGACUAUUUUUUUUUAAAAUUCAAAGCAUUUGACUUUUUAAAGAAAAGGAUGUCACAGUGCCUUUAUAACUGAGAUAAUGAAAUCUUAGCUCAAUUUUGUCCAAGAAUUAAGGUACUUGAAUUGAUUAAGGCACAGAUGUGUUUGGUCUAAAAAGCUGUAUUUUAUCUGCUUUUUCACAAAUCCAUGCAAAUGGACUUUCCCUCCUUGCAAUGUGCUUAGCGCCCAUGAUCCCCAAGUUCUAGAAUUCUGGAAAGAAGCCUUAAUGUAUGGAAUGUCUUAUGUGCAGAGGAGGUGCUGGGCGCAUUCGGCACAGACGUGGGGUAUUUGUCUACCAAGCUCUGUGUUACUCUUGGAAUCUCCUCUUCCGAAUCCAAGGUUGAGUAAAGGAAAUUGUUUCUUUGAACCACUGGAGGUUUUGAUAUAGCUUUGUUUCAUUGUGGAAGGGACGCAGGGUUGAGGUGGUAUUUUGUGACUCUACUGAACUGAAUUCUAAUAUUUUUUUACACUUCAUCUCAACUGCAGUCUCUCAGUUUGAACUUUGUCCAAGUUAUCUCUUGUUACUUAAGCUGGUAUUCUGCUUCAGAUGGCUUGCUUGCUCCUUCCCUUCUCCUGGGCAUCCAUUUUGGCCUUUGAGACAUGGUAGAGCUGCUUUGUAAACGUUGUAAUCCCAAAGCCCUUGUACUUAGACAUAGUUUGUUUCAUGCUGCAGGGAGCCUUUCAAACACCCCCUCUGUGUGCUGUUUAGUCCUCAUCAGAUGUCAGCAGCUGGGCUAAUAUUUACGACUUUAAUAUUAGGAAUUUAGAGACAAAAAAUACAUCAAGCAGUUAUGUUGACACCCAAAGGAGUCUUUGUAUUUUAGAAUAAAAGUAGAAAGUAAAACUAUUCUUCACACUCCUCUUUGUUUUUAAAUACCCUGACCUUUGAAAUCUCCAGAUUGUUUUUUCUUAGAUUCAUGUUCAGAAGCCUCGGGUACUAUUGUCGGAAUUGCUCCUUUGAAGAUGACUUAGUACUGAAUACUUAUUUAUUAUUAUGACAUCGUGGAAAUGAUUGUUUUGUGUUAAGGAAGUUAAGUGACCCUGUCUCUACUAAUAACUGAAAAUGUGAAUGAGGUUUUCUUCUAGAGGCUGUCUUACUGCUUAGACUUACCCUCUGUUGGUCCUGUGAUUGACGACAGAGGCAUAGUUACUGAAAUAAACAACCUGUUCUUCCCCUUCCAUCCCUCACUGUUGAUUGGUGUCUUUAUUUGUGUAGGAAACUGAGUAAGCUUUAUUUCCUAGUCGAAAUGAAUAUAGUCUUUGGGAAAAAUAAUUAUCUAGGCCCAAUGGAUUCUUAGUGACUUGUCAGCGUAGCACUGUUUACUGACGCACUUUUAUAUCCUCUGGAUAAGCACCAGAUGAAAAAUUAAUCAAAAUGUGGGAAUUGUGAUAAUGACAGAUCUUAAUAUUUUAAAGAAUUUAUAGAAAAUACACAGCAGCAAAGCGUUGUUGAAAGUGUGGUUUUUGACAGAUGACUCUCAGUCAUCUCCGACCAUUUUCUUCCUAAUUAUGUCACCACGUUGGCCUACAGUGCAUCCAUUUCAGAUAUCUCCCGAGUUAAUUUUGCCAAGCAGGAGACCUGCUCUAAUUCAGGCAGGCUUUGAGCCUUCUGCAUGUCAUAGCAUCCAGAUCCUCCCAGGGAGACUUUAGAACAUCAUUUUUUGGGGCACAGCAGAAAUGAUGUUCCAUGAGACCUUGAUCCAGCUUCUCUACCAUGUUUCAUGGAAUCAGAUCCACAAAGGCUAUGCAAGAAUUUGAGGCAUCCCAAUCAGCUAACUCUUAAGUUAGUCAGCCAUUUAAAAUUCAAGUUUAAACCAAUAUACUAUACAUGGAGAACUAAUUUCUGUAAUGUUUGUCAGCUCCAGUUUCUUCCACCACACUGGGUGUACAUUUUAAUAGAACAUAACAACAACAACAACAACAACAACAACAACAACAACAUGAUGGCAAGUGUUUACAUGUUAAAUUCAGUAGUGACAUUGCACAAUGCCAGCAUCACAGUUAGACAUGUGUUAGUAGGGAGAUAUGCUCUCAGUGAGUACCGGGAGUUUCUAGAGGCCUGGUGUGUUCAAAAGAUUCAGCCCCUUGACUGUCACAGAGACCACCUAUGCACAGGUAUAUGAGAAGAAGCAAAAUAAGUAAGCACUGCCGUGUCCUAAAGGUGACUAGGGAGUCAGGUCUCAGCCUGGCAUGUAAAAAGACGUAACAGACCAGUGAGCCCUUUGGUUUCACAAGCAACUAGGAAAACUGCUUAAGGCAGUUUCUUGUGCUUAAGGAGUUUCUUGUGGGAUUUAGAUAGUAGAAACCACAGGAAUAAUAAUAAUAAUAUUUAUUACAUGUCAUCUUUAUUAAUUGUUUUUUUUUUUCUGAUGCUGGGGAUUGAACCCAGGGCUUCAUACAGGUGAGGCUCUAUGGGGAGGCAUC